AAUAAAAGGGUGCCAAGAAGCUGGGACGAGGGAACGUGGGUGUAAACACGCGCGGUCUCUCUCUCUCUCUCACUCACUCUCUUUCUCUCUCUCUCUUUCUACCUCCCCUUCUCUCUCUUCUCUCUUUCUCUCUCUCUCUCUCUCUCUCUCAACUCCCUUCUCUGUGUGUGUGCUUCCUCUCUUUUAUUAUAUGAAUGAACGACUUUCUGAGUAGGACUUCAACAUAAGGAAUCCAAAGGCUCCAUCGGGACCAAAACGGCAUCACGCGUUUGUGAUAUGCGACUUGUCCGUGCGCUCCAUGUGUUUUGUCAUCAAUGUAAAUAUUGGCUUUGAUAGGACGGGAGCCCCAUCGGCUGUGGCGCGCCUUGCUGUCGGACCCACAUUUUGACCAAGACUCGCACCUUGCCUUUUUGAUUCGUCACCACUUUAUCAUCAUCGCCAUCUGCAGCCGUUGCAAGCCACCCUCAAGUCGCCGGCCGGUCCGAACGAAGAUGGCAACUUUAACCAACGGGCAGGUGGACACCGCGGUGCACGGUGUCGGUGUCGGGAUCGGGGUGGUCUCCGCCAGCACCAACGGGCUCGUGAACGGAUUAAGCCACAGCCACAGCCCGGCGGGCUGCCCGGCCACCAUCCCCAUGAAAGACCACGAUGCCAUCAAACUCUUCAUCGGUCAGAUCCCCCGCAACCUGGACGAGAAGGACCUGCGGCCCCUCUUCGAGGAGUUUGGCAAAAUCUACGAGCUGACGGUGCUCAAGGACCGCUUCACGGGCAUGCACAAAGGCUGUGCCUUCCUCACCUACUGUGCCAGGGAGUCAGCCCUGAAAGCCCAGAAUGCAUUGCACGAGCAGAAGACCCUGCCAGGGAUGAACAGACCAAUCCAGGUGAAGCCAGCAGACAGCGAGAGUCGAGGAGAAGACAGAAAGCUCUUUGUGGGCAUGCUCAACAAGCAACAGUCCGAAGAUGACGUGCGACGCCUUUUUGAGUCCUUCGGCGGCAUCGAGGAGUGCACCAUCCUGCGAGGUCCUGACGGCAACAGCAAAGGCUGCGCAUUUGUAAAAUACUCGUCUCAUGCCGAAGCUCAGGCGGCCAUCAGUGCACUACACGGCAGCCAGACAAUGCCUGGUGCCUCAUCCAGUCUGGUGGUAAAGUUCGCAGACACGGAUAAGGAGCGCACCAUUCGCCGCAUGCAGCAGAUGGCUGGUCAGAUGGGCAUCUUCAACCCUAUGGCCCUGCAGUUUGGAGCCUACGGAGCCUACGCUCAGGUGCAACAACAGGCGGCAUUGAUGGCAUCUGUAGGCCAGGGCGGCUACCUCAGUCCGAUGGCUGCCUUUGCUGCUGCCCAGAUGCAGCACAUGGCCACCAUCAAUGGCCUCCCCGGAGCACCACUCACGCCCACGUCAGGCGGUAGCACUCCUCCAGGCAUCAGUGCCCCCACAGUGACCAGCAUCCCUUCCCCCAUUAGUGUCAAUGGUUUUACUGGCAUGCCGCCCCCUCAAGCAAAUGGACAGCCACCCGCAGAGGCCGUCUUCACCAAUGGGAUACACCAUUACCCUGUUUUGCAAGAAGUGGUUUUUCGGGAGGACUCUGAGAAAAAUGGCCUGGGUGUAGCUCCAAGGAGUUGUUUUGGAGUUCAGGGUGGCUGUUUUCUUUCUUCUCUAUCUGAAGCUCAAAGUCCCACUGCAGCUGAUCCUCUCCAGCAGGCUUACACGGGAGUCCAGCAGUAUGCAGCAGCCUACCCCGCUGCAUACGGACAGAUCAGCCAGGCCUUCCCCCACCCUUCAACCAUCAUCCCACAGCAGCAACGAGAAGGGCCAGAGGGUUGCAACCUGUUCAUCUACCACCUCCCUCAGGAGUUUGGGGAUGGCGAACUGAUGCAGAUGUUCCUGCCAUUCGGUAAUGUCAUCUCCUCCAAAGUGUUUGUGGAUCGAGCGACAAACCAAAGUAAAUGCUUUGGCUUUGUGAGCUUCGAUAACCCAGGCAGUGCCCAAGCUGCCAUCCAGUCAAUGAACGGCUUCCAAAUCGGCAUGAAAAGACUCAAGGUGCAGCUGAAGAGGCCAAAGGAUGCAAACCGCCCCUACUAGCCCCGGCCCCAGCCAGCCGCUGCCAUCCAUGGCGGCCGGGGUAGCUGUCACCACACCGGGUAAGACAGGUUUUGUAGAGCUGAAUUAUAUGUUGACUAUUUGCUACCCGCUGUAGAAUGCAAACUCAACAUCCGGAACACUGAGGCUGCUUCAGAAGGAGAGGACAUCAAGACAGAGAGAAAGCUGUCAGAGUCUUGGAAAAUUCCUUUUGGAUGUACUAAAAACUUUGGAACACAGUGAGAAUUUGUACCAACUUGGUUUGCCCUUGGACCUUUUCUUCUGCACAUACAGUAUAAAUAUAUAUAUAUAUAUAUAUAUAUAUAUAUAUAUAUAUAUAUACACAUACACACACACACACAUUCUUUCACUCAGAACCCUGCUUGAAUGACAGCUACCUUUUUUGAACCACAAUAACUUUUACUUGAACAAUGACGGGGGAGAAAGUAAAAGACAAAAAAAACACUUUCAAUGACCAACCCCGAUGAACUAUUAAAGGGAACAAUGGCUGUCAAAAGUCUAACGAGAACAAAACAAACUUUUUCAAAACUGAACAGAGGAUUGUUGAAGGACAUGUUUUUUGUCUGGUAUGUGUUUGGGCCAGUUGACUUGAUACACAAAGAAACAAAUUCCAGAAUAGAGACCGGAAGUAAGGAAUGUGAUAUUAUCAGGACACAAAUUGGCUUGGAUUUGGGAUGACUGUCUUUAGCUUCGGAGUGCCUGUCCGUUUCCAGGGGAUACCAUUGCCAAGGAGAACCAUAGCAACGGUCUCCAGGGAGUCUUACCUGUCAUUCCUUAGUUGUUUUAGGGACCAAAAGACCAAACAUUUUUUUAUUGCUGAGGACUUGUAGCUCUAAUAUACUUGGACCACUGCAUCUCUUUCAGUCAGUGUCAACUGGCUCAAGAGUUGUACCAAAAAGAAGUGUACAUUUCCUAUAUAUAUAUAUAUAUAUAUAUAUAUAUAUAUAUGUGUGUGUGUGUGUGUGUGUGUAUGUGUGUGUACACACACAGCACGUGUGUGUAUAUACAUAUAUAUUGCUGAUAUGCUUUGGAAUACAGGCAAAACUAUUUCCGAUGACAAAAUUGGGUCGCUCACUUUGUUAGUUUACAAGCACUUAAAAUGUUUAUUUUUUGUUCUACUCAUUUUGUCUUGGGGGGGGGGGGGUGGAGAAUGCAUGGGAGGGGCUGCUCCGCAUCACAGCCUUACAGUAUCUUUUUUAACUUAACAUCCUAACCUCAUAGAUAGUGUAACAUCAGAAACCUUUGAUCUAUACGAACUUGUUUAUAUUUGCAGUACAUAUAUAUGUAUAACAAGCGUUCAAGAAAAUGUAUUCAUAUAUACACGGCAUAUAUGGAUAAACAGAUAUUAAUCAUAAGCAAAUACAUAUGUACUUAUAUGCACAUAUUUGUUAUAUGUGUGUCUGUAUAUAGAACAGCUACUGACUAUGUUGAGGUGUAAUUUUGAUUCAUUUUGGGGUUGGGGGAGAUUUUAGCUGGAGUUUGAAAAAUUGCUCUGCUUGGGAUGAAUCGCAAAUCUGGCAGCUCCCAAAAACUGCAGGCAUUCCUUUUUGUGAUUACCUACAGUAUAUGCUGACACACAGUACGCAGCACUGCUAAAGGAUACGUGUGUGGGAAUACACAUGAUGGUGUAAAUAUUGUCUGAAAAUGCAAAAAGCCACAUUUCAGUAGCAGGCUUCCAGAAAAAUCAGGCUGAAGUAUCUUAGAGGAAAAGAACAAUUAUCUUUGACUCGAUUCCAAACAUAUCCUUUAUGCUUUGCACGGACGCGCGCACGCACACACACACACACACACACACCACAUCUACACACAAAACUUCUCUUUGAAACUUGAACCAAAAUGAAUAUGUCUUGCAACCUUUGCUCUCUCCUGCAUUCAGUAAAAAGUGCAUGUAGCGUACGGGCUGUCACCAUGUCAGGGUGUGCCUUGUCACCUGCAGAAUCUGCCAUCAAACACUGUGCUCUCCCCAAAAUGAAACGAAUACAAAUCACACACACUUCUGCAAGCAGCCAGCGCACUACUAUGAUGUCAAAACGCCGACCAGAUCCAUAUCAGUGCUCAGCUGUGUAGAGGUUCAAUGCAUGUCCACAGUUGGUCUAUCGAUGUCUUUCAACUUUUACAAUGUAUGUACCGUCUACUCACACAUUAUUAUUAUAAAAGUGGGCAUUAUCAAACCUGCAAGCACAGCUACGAACUAUCAAAGCUGCAGGCAAGGCACCUGUGACGAAGUCAAUAUUAUUAGUGUGAGUUUGUAGGUGUAGGCAAUAAAUGACUAUCAGCAGUUAGUCAUUGACAAUUAUUGUCAUGAAGCAUAUCCUUUAGAUAGAGGAGGGGUCUCCAACAGAUAUGUCCCAAGCUACCAGUAGAUCGUCACCCGCUUCUGAAGUUGUACUUUUAUAGCUAAUCGGUUCACAUCUAUUCUGCCAUGGUUGACCAUAAAAUGGUACAGAUUGUCAAACACCAUUAAUCCAAUUUGUGCCAUUGAGGUGAUGGGGCCGAAAGAGCUCUUUUUUGCCACAGAUAGAUGGCAAAAUAAAGCAACUGUUUAAAAAAAAACAUCUAGUCUGUGCUCAAAUAUCUGCAUAUUCCGUCUUCAAAGCACUGUUGUCAAUAAAUGAUUUUUUGGGGGGAUGAAAAUGUUCCAGCCCUUACAUUUAUCUAAACCUACCAUAUUAAACGAGAGCGGUUUCUGGCUGUUUUUAUUUUACUUGGGAGAGCACCUCACAUAGCAUAAAUGGUUGGAGACCCCUGCUUUGGAAAAUGCUGCCUAGUGGUCCAAAUCCUUCUGUAAUCCAAUAUAAAAAGAAAAACAGUCAAGUGGAGCAAUAAGUGUGGAAAAAACAUUUAUCCAUCAUAGUGACUGUACCUCUAAGGUAGGUUUCGUAUUACUAUAGAAUACAAUUUGAGGUAAUAGUAAAAUAUACAGUAUGUUCUAAAGGUCACCAUGCAGCUGCUAGAGAUUACUUAAAUGAAUAUUUAUACAUGUGAAUUUUUAUAAGGCUAUAUGACACUGGAAAACAAUGCUUCCUGUUAUGUGUUAAAAGUUUUCCUAUAAAUGGUUCAUCAUUCCUCGUCACAAGAUGUUCAACCUUUUAAAAUGAUCGAAUAACUGAACUUUUACCUGCCAAAACCGGUGAGGCAAAAAUAUUCAGUUCGACUUCCGAGGACGCCUGUGCAUGGCUUGGGUGCGCUCAUAAUACUGUCCUGAGCAUGGCAAUCAGUGCAAAGACCAUUGUGACCAGUACACAGUCUUUGAUCAAGCAGAACUUAUGUCUUAAGCUCAAUCAACUCAAUGUGUGGUGAGCCCGCUUUGACUGCAAUGCAAAAACAAACAACAGCAACAACAAAAAAGGUUGACGUGGAUUUGUUUGAACCACAGGUGGUAGAAUGCCAAGCACAUCAUCUUCAUUCGCCCACAACUGCAAACGACAAGUUGACAAGAGAAGAAAAAAAAAAAAGUCUGGUUUAAAACAACCCCAGACAGAGCAGAAGUCUGAAUAUAAAUAUAUAUAUAUAUAUAUGUAAACAUAAACUGAUGAAUAUACUGUAAAUUAUUUCUUUUUGUUGGUUUGUUUUUGUUUUGCUCCGUUUUCCUCUGUACAUAGGUUUCCAUAUUUUAUAGGACUUUUACUUCUAUCUACAAGGACUGGAUAAAGUACUUUGAAUACUCAAAAAAUAUAUAUGAAUGAAAACAUGAUAAUGCUCAUUAAAACCAGGUACAAAAAAAGUUGCUAGGGUACAGUGCAAAAUGUAGGACCUGACCAAGGCAUUUAUCUAGAAAACAGUCAGGGAGAGCAUUGACCUCAGUUAGAGCUUAGACACACGUUGACCUAUUUUAUAACAGAAAUACUUUACUAGGUUCUAUUCAUUUCUGUAUUUAUUUCAAAGUCAUGUUUGAGAUGAUAUGCAUGCUUUCAUGGCAUUAUUUUUCUAUGAGUUGGUACGUGACCAAAUAGUUUUUAUAUGACAUGCAUGGGCCACUGUUGUGGUCCACAGAUGAUCAUUGUUCCUGUCUUCAGGACCAUGCCUUCAGCACUUCUUAGAAGAUGGAGAAAACAACUCUUAUUGACCAAGUGAUGUCAAAGACAGAUUUUAAUAUUUGCUUAUUUGUCUUUAUUUAUUUGUCAAUGUAUUUAUUUAUUUGUGCUGUUUGACUCAAGAUCUGAGCUCUAUUAUUGCCACCGAGGGGUCUUGCUUAAAAGUGCCACUUUGUAUCACCAUCACAUUACCUCUUCAUGUGUUGGAAAUCUCAAAAACAACUGAUUGAUUAUUCGAUUUCCUGUUUCUGAUGAACAUUUGAAAACAAUGCAGUCAACUACUGUUUCUAAGCCUUAUGUACAUUUCUGUUUAUAACUUAUUGAAGCUAGCUUCAUUGGUUUAAAGGGGAACUAUGAUGAUUUAGCCUAUUUAUUAUACUUAUGCAGUAUAUUGUAUAUAAUAGUAUUGUGCAUAUCAAACCUGGUUUCCAUCUUAUCAGACCAAGAUCAGAAAUAAGUAUAAUAGGUUCCUUUUGAAAAUGCCAAUUGAAUUAAAGAUUCUUCUAAUG